GUGGCGACGAUUCAGUCCUGGUGACCUUUAAGGGCUGCGCCACCCCGGCCAUGUGCCAGAGCUCGCUGCUGGCCCUGGUGCAGGAGCUGGACGGCGCCGAGGUCUAUUGCUGCACCGGGAGCCUCUGUAACACCCGCAUCAUGGAUGGGCGGGUGGCCGAGGGGCGGCCCAGCCACCCCUCCCCCACCCACGCCCCCACCCCCAAGCCAGACUGCAUCCUGGAGGAAGACGAGGAGGAGGAGGACGUGGUCCCCGUUGCUGGGGGCCACCCUCCGUUGGCAGGGAGCCACGGCGACCGGGAGGCGAAGACCACCGAGAGUUCCGAAGGGCGGGGCUUGGAGGAGGGAGGGGCCUUUGUCGCCGGGAACCAUGCCGCGUCGCCUACAGGCGGACAGGGCGUCACCCCGCGCCCCAGCCACGUGGCAACAGGCGGCCACGGGACCGCGUCUGCCGAAGACCGCGACAACGCUGGAUCCAGGGACAACGCCUUCAGUGCAGGAGGGGUCUUUUCCGAGAGCAACCCCGCGCGGCCGACGGGCAUCCCUCACCCUGAUCCCAGGGCUACAGGCGGCCCCACUACCAUCGUCCUGGACGGGAGCAGCCGCUCGGAGCCGGACACCAACAAGACACCAGAGAACACCCGGGAGAUUCCAGCCGGCAGCGGCCUGGCCCACACAAACGAUGAGGAAGAGGAGUGCGAGGAAGAAACCAAUUACUCUGCCCGGGACCACAUUACCGGUGGCUCCGGCACCGAAAGCCGCACCGGGUCAGCCAGAGAGAGCUUUGUGGCCGAGGGCAGCGCCACCCACAGCACCGACGGCUCGACUCCCGGCUCCCCCGGCAACCAGAUCGACACCGUAGUCCACAUCCCCCAUCUCGCCACCAGGCAGAAUGAGAGCUUCUUCUCUGAGGACAAGGAGGGAAGUUCCAGCCAGCCCAGCGCCUCCCCAGCCAGCCCCACCGGCACCAUCCUGGCCGCCGGAGGAGCCGGAGCCGGGUCCCACCGGGGGAAGAAUAAGACCCUCUGCACCAAGCGCCCGGGAGUGGCUCCGGUCGGCCAAGACAUCCCGGCACGGACCCAUCCCGGCGCCCCGGAGACAGUCGCCAAGCCGGAGGGCUCGUUGGAGCGCACCGAGGGCGACCGGGACUGGCCAACCAUCUCCUUCCCCAUCACCGUGGAAACGCCCAACAGCUCCCUGCGAGGUCACCUUGGCAACGCCAGUGCCCUGGGGCUGGACCCGGUGGAGGGGCUUGUGAAGAACUCCAGCGACUGGCUGUACGCCAACACCCCAGGGAAGCCGCGUCCCCCCUACCCCAGCGGAGCCUUUGGCCUCGGCAGCAACUUUGGCCUCGUCACCCUCACGCUCCUGCUCGCGGUACUGCUGCACUGAGCCCUGCGCGGAACCCAGGAGUCCGGGCUCCCAGCCCCGCUGCUCUAACCCACUAGACCCUGGUGCUCCCUGCCCAGAACCAGGGAGAGAACCCAGGCGUCCUGGCGUCAGUUCCACCCAUGCGCCACCCUAGCACCGAGAGCCUGCCGCCGAGCGGAAGGAAAGUCCUGGCCGGUACCGGAGCAGGACACCUGGGUUCUUUGCGCUUGCCUGAGGGUGCAUCUGUGAAGGUGACACCAUCGCCCCCUGCUGGCUGGAAUCGAAAAUGCUCCCCCUGUGUGUCAUAGACCCCGUAGUGCUAGUGGCAGAGGGAGAUUUCCCUUACUGGGAACUCCCGUAGUGGCUGCUGCUCAGAGGGGCCCUAUCCACUCUAUAGGUAGAUACGUAUAGAUUAUCUAGCGCUGUAGACUGCCCUGUAAUAGAUCCGUUAACCCUUGAGAUGCUGGAGGGUUUGGGUUUUUUUUUUGCCUGUUAAAGGCCUGGAUUAGAAGAGGGGGUGCGACACAACACAACACAACACAGCACUGCCAGACUGCACAUCCAUAUGGCCACACGGGCAGACAACAUACAAACGCACACACACACCCCUGCUCCAAUACACAAAACAC